GUUUAGAAUCAGCUGUUUUUUGCUUACAUAUAAUUUUUCAAAAUAAAAAGAAAUAAUUGCUAGAAAACUACUACAGGCCUAAAAUAACAAACUAAGACAAAAUGGGUAAACGACAACAUCAAAAGGACAAGAUGUACCUUACGUACACAGAGUGGUCUACAUUAUAUGGUGGAAAGAAAGCAGGAACUCAGUCGAAAGAAGAACUAAAUUUCAAAAGAUUACCAUUUGAUCACUGCUGUUUGUCCUUACAGCCGUAUGAAGUACCAUUUUCCGACUUGGACGGCAAUAUUUUCGAUUUGGAUGCCCUAAUACCUUUCUUAAAAAAAUAUAAAGUAAAUCCUGUAACUGGUAAACCACUCGAUUUCCAUUCCCUGGUGCAGUUAAAUAUUAACAAAAACAGUGAUGGAGAAUUCGAAUGUCCAGUACUGUUCAAACCUAUAACAAAUAGCUCUCAUGUAUGUGCAAUUGCGACAACUGGCAAUGUAUUUUUAUGGGAAGCCGUAGAGCAGUUGAAUAUUAAAACUAAAAAUUGGAAGGAUCUACUUAAUGAUAAGCCUUUUGAGAGGAAGGAUAUUAUAGUUUUACAGGACCCAAAUGAUUUGUCCAAAUUUAAUAUUUCACAGUUUCAUCAUGUUAAGAAAAAUUUAAGAGUGGAAACAGAAGAGGAAAUAUCUGAUAAAUCAAACCCACAAGCGAGACUUAAAAAAGUGAAUCCUGAAACAAGAGAUACACUAGCCGAACUGGAGAAAGAUUAUAAGGCUCCGACAAUUGAAAUAAAUAAAAAGGAAACUUAUGAGAAAGCUGAUAAAUUUAAUGCGGCCCAUUAUUCCACUGGGGCUGUGGCCGCCAGUUUCACUUCUACCUCCAUGAACAGGACUCUGGUGCAUGAAGCAGCUAUCAGACAUGAAGACGAGGUUCGAUAUGAGAGGGUUAAAAAGAAAGGUUAUGUAAGAUUGGUAACAAAUCUUGGGAUGUUAAAUUUAGAGUUAUAUUGUGAUCAGGUACCUAAGACAUGUGAAAACUUCAUAAAACAUUGUGAAAAUGGAUAUUACAAUGGAACAAAGUUUCAUAGGUCUAUUAGGAACUUUAUGAUUCAAGGGGGUGAUCCUACAAAUACUGGAAAUGGUGGGAAGUCAAUUUGGGGUAAACCGUUUGAAGACGAAUUUAGGCCUAAUUUGUCCCACAGUGGACGUGGCGUACUCUCCAUGGCAAAUUCUGGGAAACAUACUAACGGUUCUCAAUUCUUUAUAACAUUUAGAACUUGUAAACAGUUGGAUAACAAACACACCAUUUUUGGUAGAGUUGUUGGAGGCACAGAUACUCUUAAUGACAUGGAGCGGAUCGAGGUAGACAACAAAGAUCGCCCGAUUUACGAUAUUGUCAUCUUAAAUACCCAAGUUUUCACUAACCCUUACGAUGAAGCAGACGAAAUUUUAUCAAAAGAACGUGAGGAAGAGUUAAACAGAGAAAAAGUGGAAGUCGAGAAGGAACAGAAAAAAGUGACGAAACAGGCGCCCCUUGUGGCAUAUAAGAGCGGGGUUGGGAAAUACAUAAAUCCGACAGUCAUUAAAAGUGCCAAAAAGGAAACCGAAGACAAUUUAACAGAGCCUCCGUCUAAGAAGAAAAAAGGAUCGUAUGCAUUUAACUUUAACAAUUGGUAGAUGUAGAAUAAAUUAUAUAAUAAUUA